GGAUCCAUCACAUUUUCAACUGAUUGUUUUGUCAAACAUGCUCACUCUGGUUUUUGCGCAUGCUCGCCAAUAAUGAAAAGUGUUGGCUAUGGACAGGGUAGGGAUUACAAAAACGCCAACUAUAAUCCGUUACAUUACCAGCAAAAAUAUUGUAUUCAGAUUACUUUUGAAAAACUAGAUUCAAGAACUACUUUUCAAUUCAAAGGAUGUUUGCAAAAAAUAUUUUUCUCAAUUAAAUUUAAAUCGGCAUCGAAAAAGCACAUUUUAAUUUUUUGCACCUGAGCGAGUCUGACACACAUGUGUUUGGUUCGCGGGAAAAGAGCAGGAAUAUGCAUUUGUAGGCUACAGCCUGUUAUGUUUGUUCCUUAUGACAAACCGGGGCAUAGGUUUUACGUUUAAUGAAUUUACUUCAGCUGGAAAACUCCAUGUUUAGCCAUGCAAGGCAUUCCUUAACCAUCUGCCUCCCGCAUAGCCUGCUGGGUAACGUAGUCUUAACACACAGCCCAGGGUGUCUUCCGAUGGUGCGACUGCGGCAUCCAAAGAUUAUCCAACUGCAAUAAACGCUUGGCGCAAUCUACAUCUCAUUUGAGAGAAACAGAAGUUAUAUGAGUGUCUUCAGAGUUGUCAUCUGGAAAUAGCUGGUGCUGAGUGAAUCAUGACAGAGCAUAAGACACUGGUCAUAGACUUUGAGCCUCGGGUGAAUGACACUGCCCAAGGUGAACAGAACCAACAAAGCAGAACAAAGAAACAACUCUGGGUACGCAGUGAAAACUCUUUCACUUUCAACUUCUUCCCUGAUGGUGCACCAGCAGCACAGGGGGCAGAAACUGCCCUUUCAGAUGUGAAACACCAGUUUGCAGGAUUACAGACAAAAACAUCCACCGCUUCUACAGAACAGGGUUCUGGUUUUGCAUUCAACUUCCAAAUCCCUGUUAGUAUACCAGGGGAGAUGGAGAAAGAAAUUGGCACACCAGUACCCUCAGGGGCUGUAGCUCUGAAAGAGCCCAAAGAGGAAAAGCCUCAGGGCCAGAACGCUCAACAAGUAAUUAAAGCACCUGAGCCAAUCACAUCUUCUAAAGCCAAGAAAAAUAAGAAAUCUGGUCAUAAGAAAAUUGCCAGCGAAGGACAGCAAAAACAGAUGACAAACUUGACAGACACAGAAGGGACUCGUGGGGAGGAUGGCACAAUGCUGACUACAGAACAGCAGCUGAAAAGAGAGCUGGACUGGUGCAUUGAGCAGCUGGAGUUGGGCAUGGCUACUCUGAAGGCUACGCCAAAACAGAAGGAGGAGGCCUCUCGUGCCCUUAAGACGCUGCGCAGCUCCAAAGCCCCCCUGGCAAAGAAGAGGCAGGUGAUGAGGGCCAUGUCUGGGGACUACAGGAAGAAGAUGGAGGAGGAGAAGCACAAGCAGUUCAAAUUGAUUCAUGCUGCAAUGACAUCGGCUCAGGUCAAAGUAGUGGCAGACCCUGCUAAGAAGUCUAUUUUCCACAGGAAAGCGGAAGGUAGAACAGAGACUCUACCCUUAAAAUUAAAUGCAAAGAGUCAACAAGAGAAUUUACAGGCACAGACUCCAAACACAAGUGUGCUGAACCAGGAGAACUCAACUUUUGUCUUCACUCCUGCUAAUGAAGAGUUCUGCUUUAACUUCCUCUGAUUUGCUCUGGGGAAGUAUUUGCUCAAGAAAUCAGUCUUACUCUAUUGAGGAAUACAAAUGAAGCCAUUUUUAAAGUUCUUUGCUUGAAUGCUCUCCAUCUGAAUAAUGGUUUCGGUUGAUUAUAAUGCUUUUGGUUGUGGUUUGAUUAAGUAUUGUAAACCUUUUGAUUAAUAAAAUUGAUUAUUUGGGUAAA